GGCUCAGGAGCCCCGAAGCCCGUCGUGCCGGCGUGGCCGGCCGACCACCCCCUCCCACCCCCGCGGUGGGGGGCCCCUCGCCCGGCUUUGCACCUCUCCCUGCAGCAGUACGAGGACCUGGUUGCAAAAGCCGAGGCGCUCCUGAGCCGUCUCGUCGUCUCAGAGAAUUAUGACUCCAUUAAUAACUUCUUGACUCUCUACGACUCCUACAUGUCAGCCCCGGAUGAGAAGCUGGAGACAUUCUUCCCAAAAUAUAUUCCACCGAUCAGACCGCGGAAGAACACGUGUGUCGGUUUGGGAAUGGAGGUGAUGAAGAAGUUAAGGGUUUUGGAGAAAGAUUUCCCUGGUAUCACCAAAUCGAUGAUGCUCGUGUCUUGCGAUGAGAACAUACAAGAUCUGGCGGACUAUGCGACCUCGAGUCCUGGACCGCAAGGAUUCUUGAUCGAGACGGAGAAGGACCACGUGAUGGUCGCUAUCCACGUGAAGAUCGGGGGAAGACAUGGUGUAUUUUUAUCAGAUCUGGGUUACCACAUCUCCCGGGUCGUCACCGUGAUGGAUGACCGCUGCUACCCUCAUACCGGCUGGUUCACUCAGACCGACCAGCCCCAUUGCCGCAAGGAGUACAACUACAAGCUAAACCUACAGAACUCCAACUACAUAGAGUGGCACGAAAGGGAAACCAGGGGGUCCAAUGUGAAGGAACGCCUGUCACUGAUAUAUGUUGCCAAGGCUUAUCUGACAGCUGUUUCCGUUACAGAGAAGAGAAAUCUUGUGUGGGAUUUGAGGAGUUUGCUGGCUAGAGAUCCGAAGGGCAACCUGACCGCCGGCAUCUACUUCCCGCUGAAGCCCAAAACCCAAGAGUUCACCAUGUUCUUCGAUAGUAACAGCGGCAAACAGAGGAAGAAAUUGAAAUUCGAGACGUUCUUGGAACUACAAAAGAUACCAGACGAAUUCGUUGACGAAGUGGAGCAGUGUAACGACCAGCUUCAUCUGAGAGAUGGGGAACUGCUGUCCAUCCUUCAACGUCUCGCUACAAUCAUAGCUGACGAGGAGUACAUGACAGAACUGCUAGAUAUUAACAACAAAAUCGUCCAACUGUCAGCCGGUACAUAAACUAAAUUGGACUUAAAAUCGUUGUAAACAAGAUUUAAAUUGCAUUAUCUUAACGCAUCUCAUCCUACUUUAUAUUCAAAUAUUUUCAUCGAAAUGUCAA